AUGCUACAUAAAGAACCUAAGCAAUGUGAAUUAAAGAAUACUUUGACUGAUUGGUUAGUAACAGAUUCUCAACCUUUUAAUUCAGCAAAUGGAGAAGGAUUUUUACGUAUGAUUAAUAAGCUUGAUUCUGCAUUUAAGCCACCAUGUUAUAUAAUGAUCAAAAAGGAUAUUAGUUAUGGAUAUCAAGCUGCAUUUCAAGCUAUAAAGGAAAUGAUUACUCAUACCU